UUUCAAAAUAUUUAGCUCUAAUUUGGCGUCCUUCAAAUCAACAUCAAGUGGCAUCAGUCUUUAUCUAAUAGUAUGUAGUCUGUGCUUUAUCUAUGAUUUGUCAAUGAUUGAAUGAAUUUGUCUAUGAAGUCAAUGUCAAAACAAGAGGAUGUUGCAAAAGUAAAUAAACAAUCUAUUAAUCUUGAUUCCGCGAAAAAUAUCUCAUAAUCUGCAUAGACUGGGCGUAAUUGCGUAUACACGUACUUGAUUAGCGUUCGACAAUCACUUGAAAAGUCUACACUUCACUAUGGUGCUAGUGUUUGCCAAGUGCAUGAGUGAAAUGUUGAGUAAAGUGAAGGAAUACAUCAGAUGGAGAGUUCAUCAGACAACGAAACGAGACGGUACAGUAUCAUGCAUGAUAUUAACCACUUUGCUCUGCUUGGUACCUUUGGUGGUUCUGGCUUUCGUUGUCAGGUUCAAAAUGCAGACUCCAGAAUACUAUAUUAUGUACAUAGACAGUCAAGAUGAGGCUCUUUUUACUGUUGAUGAGAGAUUUUUGAGUUUGGGACUGGACAGUACCAUCAUAACUAAUGGGUUCCCGCAUUUCAACACCAGCGACCCCACACUUAUAAAACUGAUAAAAUACCUUUCACCAGCCUAUCUACGAAUAGGCGGUAAUCAGGCUGAUCAGAUAGUCUUUGUUCAGGAUGGUUUAUCAGGGACAAACUACCGAAGCGAAAGUGAAUUUGAUGAGUAUAUUUUAUCAGGUUCUGAUUGGUUGCAGUUGCACCAUUUGGCAAGACAGGCCGGAAUCAAAGUAAUCUACGACCUGAACUCUUUGCUGCGCUUCGUAAAUGGUUCAUGGAACUCUGAAAAUGCUCAGCAAAUGUUGAGUUUCUCUCAACAGCAUAAACUUGAGGUCGAUUGGGAGCUGGGCAAUGAACCCAACUCGUACCCGAAAAAGUUCGACACGGUGGUAAAUGCCAGUCAACUAGGGCGGGACUUUGUGGGUCUUCGCGAGCUGUUGAACGGGUACAGUUGGUAUGAAAACUCGCUGUUGAUUGGCCCGUCGACUACCAGACUACGCACCAAAGACAUUGAGGAUUAUUUCCUCCAUUUUCUGGAGAGUGGGGGAUUUGAGUCAGUUGGUGCCAUCACUUUUCAUCACUAUUACUUCAGUGGAAUGAAUGCUACAUCAAGAGAAUUUUUGGAUCUUUCCACCUUCGACUACUUGGAGUAUUGCAUUGAUACAGUGAAAAGCGUGCUCAGCCUGUUGCCUUCGGCAGACAAACCACUUUGGUUAGGCGAGACUUCAACGGCCUGGCAUGGCGGAGCCCCCAAUAUGUCCGAUCGCUUCUUAGGCAGCUUCCUUUGGAUUGAUAAGCUGGGACUUAGCGCAAAAAUGGGCAUCGAUGUUGUGGUUCGACAGAGCAUUUUUAAGGGCGACUAUGCCUUGUUGAACCAGAGCUACUAUCCCAACCCUGAUUGGUGGGUGAGUGUGCUUUACAAGGAAUUAGUGGGCACGAAAGUAAUCACCACUGAAACUGAGGGAAAAGCCGAAAUUCGCCUUUAUGCUCACUGUGCCAGACCCAAUUCCAUCUGGGCUAGCGGCUCUUCAGUUGUAGUGUUUGGAGUGAACCUCCAGGACGAAGUCGGGUUUGUGCAGAUCAAAGAAUUGCGCUCAGCUUCUCAAGUCUACUCGUAUGAACUAAGUUCAAAUGAAACCCUGUUCUCUCAGUUUGUGCAGUUGAACGGCGAAACUUUGCAGCUGCGACAAAACUCGAAUUUGCCAGCUUUUCGACCGACUGUUAUCGAAAGAACUGAAACAAUGACUAUCAGUCCUUAUGCGAUAGUGUUUUGGGUGUUUACAGACACUGAUUUGGAGGCUUGUGCUCCUGAAUGAAGCAAUUUUCGCAAAAAAUGUUUUUUAGAUGCAAAUUUAUGUGUUACACAUAUUUAUAGUUUGAUUGUUGGUUGGCAACAUUUAGGGAAUUACACUGUGUACAUCUGAA